CGCCCAUAACUCGCCUCUAAUCACUUUCCUUCUUAGGUCAAUCCAAACUCUUCAUCUGAAUAACUCACCCUGAAUCAUGCCCUUCCGUUUCCUCUUCUUUUUCUUCGUCUCCUCAUUCUUCAUGUCUUCUCCAACUCUUGCUUCGGGUUUUGCAGUACCCGUCUCAAAGGACGCCACCACAUUCCUCUACUCCCUCCGUCUGUACCUCAAAACCCCUCCUCAGAGCACCCAACUUCACCUUGACCUCGGCGCCUCUUUCACUUGGCUAGACUGUGACAACAAUUACACUUCCUCCACUUACCAACACAUCCCCUGCGGUACCGCUCUCUGUACCUCCGUCGGUUUCAACCUCGCCUGCUCCAACUGCUACCAACCCCCAAGCCCCACCUGCGCCAACAACACCUGCGGCCUCUUCCCCGAGAAUUCCGUCACUCAAAAGGCCGCCAUUUCAAUCGCAAUUAUCGACUCGCUCGCGUUGCCGACAUCGGACGGAUCAACUCAGGGGCCACUCGGAUUCAUUCCCGAGUACAUCUUCUCUUGUGCUCCGGCAUCUCUCCGGAAAGGUCUCCCUAAGAAAUCGAAAGGAGUGGCGGCGCUCGGCAGGUCGAAUUAUUCGCUUCCGGCUCAGGUUAGCAGAGGCUUCUCUACUCCUAACUAUUUUGCGCUGUGUCUGUCGCCGUCCACGUCGGAUUCUGGCGUGGCAUUCUUUGGGUCAAGUGGGCCCUACUACUUUUCUCCUCAAAAUAUUGAUCUUUCGAAAUCACUUACAUAUACUCCGCUCCUUUUGAAUCCUGUCGGCGGCACCAUAAUAACAUACAACGGGAAACCAUCCGAUGAGUAUUUCAUCGGACUGACUUCGAUCAAGGUCAACGGAAAACCCAUUCCGAUCAACGGCUCAUUGUUGGCGAUUAAUGAUGAAGAUGGGUUUGGCGGGACCAAGCUCAGUACCUCCACUCCUCAUUCCAUCUUGCAGUCAUCUAUUUACAAGGCUUUCACCGAUGCAUUUUUGAACGAAUCGGCCGGUUUGAACCUCACCGUGACGAAUGCGGUGGAUCCUUUCACCGUGUGCUAUCCGGCAGCGGAUGUACUUAACACUCGUGUGGGACCGGCAGUGCCGACGGUGGAUCUUGUCAUGCAAAGCGACGAUGUCUUCUGGAGGAUCUUCGGGGCAAAUUCCAUGACGAGGAUUACGAAAGAUGGAGUGGAUGUCUGGUGCUUGGGGUUUGUGGAUGGUGGGGUGAAUCCUAGAACGGCGAUCGUGAUUGGAGGGCACCAGAUAGAGGAUAAUUUACUGCAGUUUGAUUUGGAGUCGAAAAGGUUGGGGUUUAGUUCCUCUGUCGUGCUGAAGGGCACCACAUGUGAUAAUUUCAACUUUAAAAAAUGAUUAGUAUCAUGUUCUUGCUUUUUCUCUUGGAUGCUUUUAUUGUACUAUCUCUCCGUAGGUAUUCAUUUCGUACCAUAUUCAAGCAUGUGCAUCUGAAAUUU